AUGAAGGACCCGUCCGCCACGCGAAAGAAGCGUAGCAGAAAGGUCGUUGAUGAUAGCGACGAUGAAGAAGAGGCCGCACCCACCAAAGAGCCGACUCCUAAAGUAAAGCCGAAAAGGCAAGCGGAUACCGAAGAGCCCAAGGGAGAACCUACAACUUCGUCGGACUAUUUUGCCUCCAGCAAGAAGAAGGGCAAGCCUGCCAAAACGACAGAGGCUCAGGCCGAUGAUACCAAAGAGAAAGUCGCAAGCCCGAAGCCCAAGAAGGCCGCCGCAGAACCUGAGAAGAAGAGCCGGCCCGCCGCUCGCGGAUCAACGAAGAAUGCCUCAAAGGUCAUUGAGGAUGAGAAACUCGGCCACGAUGACAUCUUUGCCACCGAAUAUGGAAAGGCCGGCAAGGGCGACGACGAUUAUGUCAUGGGAGACGACGACGACGGCAGUGACUUUGAGGUAUUGGAAGUAAAGCCCGCCGCUGCAGCCAAGAAGACGCAGAAAAAGAAAGAUUCCCGCGACGACGACGAUGUGGUCAUGGAAGAUCUCCCCAAGGAGCCCGCUCCAAAGGCUCGGCCGGGCCGCAAACGCAAGGCGGAGGCACUAAUUGAUGAGGAUGAAGAUGGGGAAUAUGAGGCACCGAAGAAGGCAGCGCCGAAGAAGACUGCAUCGCCAGCAAAGAAGCAAAAGUCUACACCCAAAAAGGCUAAGGAUGCCCCGGAGAGCAAAGAGAUCCAAGACAUCUUUGACAGCAUCCCUCUGGUCGAUGCUCCUGAGCCUCCCCAGGGAGAGCCAAAGAAAUGGCAAUUCGGACAGCAAGCAUCACGGGACCCAGCGAUGGCUGGGACCAAGGAGAUGCCAGUCGGGCAGGAAAACUGUCUUGCCGGGCUGUCAUUUGUUUUCACUGGUGUUCAGGAAACCCUCGGUCGUGAGGAGGGCGCCCAGCUAGUGAAGAAGUAUGGUGGUAAGGUCACGGGAGCCCCCAGCAGCAAGACGAGCUUUGUUGUCCUUGGAAGUGAUGCCGGUCCAAAGAAGCUCGAAACCAUUGCGAAGCACGGCAUCAAGACCAUCGAUGAAGAUGGUCUCUUCGAAUUGAUCCGACGACUUCCCGCCAACGGCGGUGACGGAAAGGCCGCCGAAAAGUAUGCCGAAAAGCAAAAGGCCGACGAGGAGAAGAUUCGUGUUAUGGCCGCUGAAAUUGAUGCAGAGGAGAAGCGAAAGAAGGUUGCCGCGACUCCUAAAACCCCCAAGACUGCUGCGCCCUCAUCUCAGGCAUCUCAGCCGUCGUCUAGCCCGCAAACUUCGGCCGGCGAUCUUUGGACGACGAAAUAUGCUCCCACAUCUCUCAACAUGAUCUGUGGUAAUAAGGCCCCCGUUGAGAAGAUCCAAACCUGGCUGCGCAACUGGCACAACAGUGCCAAGUACGACUUCAAGAAGGGUGGCAAGGAUGGCUCAGGUCUGUACCGGGCUGUCAUCAUUCACGGUCCCCCGGGUAUUGGUAAAACCACAGCAGCUCAUCUUAUAGCAAAGCUGGAGGGAUACGAUAUUGUUGAGACAAAUGCCAGUGACACCCGAAGCAAGAAGCUUGUUGAGAGCUCUACUCUGGGCGUACUGGAUACGACGUCUCUUCAAGGUUACUUCGCCGGAGAGGGAAAACAGGUCGAGGGCGAAAAGAAGAAGCUUGUGCUCAUCAUGGACGAAGUGGAUGGUAUGUCUGCUGGUGACCGUGGAGGUGUGGGAGCUGUCGCAGCCGUUGUCAAGAAGACUAGGAUUCCAAUCAUCCUUGUCUGCAAUGAACGGAAGCUUCCCAAGAUGAAACCCUUCGACCACGUUACCUUCGAUAUUCCAUUCAGACGCCCGACUGCCGAGCAAAUCCGAGCAAGACUAUCCACCAUCUGCUUCCGAGAGGGCCUGAAGAUCCCCCUCCUAUUGGAUCAGAAGACUCUCAACUACGACGAAGGCAAGCAGAUGUCAAAGGCAUGGGAGAAGCAUGUGAUCCUUAAGCCCUGGGAUAUUGUCAGCAAAAUUCUUAGUGCACAAAUGUUUUCACCCAGUUCUACCGCUACGCUGAACGACAAGGUCGAGCUCUAUUUCAACGACCACGAGUUCAGCUAUCUGAUGCUCCAGGAGAAUUAUGUUAAGACUAAACCCACUCUCGCGGGCAAAUACCAGGGCAAGGAGCAGCGUCUCAAGUCACUUGAGUUGCUUGACAAUGCCGCCUCGAGUAUCAGUGACGGCGACCUUGUUGACCGUAUGAUUCACGGAACACAGCAACAGUGGAGUCUGAUGCCCGUUCAUGCCAUUUUCAGCUUUGUCCGGCCGGCCAGCUACCAGUACGGUAACUUCAGUGAACGGGCUUCAUUUACUAGCUGGUUAGGGAACAACAGCAAACAUGGAAAAAUGUCCCGAUAUGUCAAGGAAAUUCAGGGCCACAUGCGCCUUCGCACAACUGGCAACCGCGACGAGAUCCGCCAGCAGUACAUGCCCUUGCUCCAGCAAAAAAUGAUUCGCCGUCUGAUGGAAGAGGGCAAGGAAAGUGUGGACUCGGUCAUUGAUUUCAUGGAUGGAUACUUCCUCACCCGUGAUGACUUUGAUGCCAUGGUCGAAUUAGGACUGGGUCCUAUGGACGAGUCCAAGGUCAAGCUGGACACACAGACCAAGGCCACCUUCACGCGUCUAUACAACUCGCGCUCGCAUCCAUUGCCUUUCAUGAAGGCUAGUAACGUGGUUGCGCCGAAGAAGGGACCGAAGGAGAAGCCCGAUCUCGAAGAUGCCAUUGAAGAAUCCGACGAGGAGGAAGUUGUUAAUGAGAUUAAGGAUGAUGAGGAAGACGAACUCGAUCUGAAGAAGGAUAAGUAUGUGAGCUUGCCUAAGAAGAAGAAGGCUCCGGCCAAGGGCAAGAAGGCUAAGAAGGCUGAUGAGGAGGAGGAGGAGGAGGAGAAGCCGAAGAAGGGCAAGGCAAAGGGCAAAGCUAAGGCUUGA